AUGCACUCUCGCUGUCGAGCCUACCCGGCUUUCUGCAAGCUUACACGCUCGCUACAUGCCUCUUCGUCUCGGAGACGAGAACUUUUCGACCCCGCCAAUGUCGACCGGCCCAGCGAUAAAUUUGACGUCUGCAUUCUCGAGCUGGAGAAGGGCCGCGAACUCCGCGUCGUCGUCCUCGAGAAUGGCACCGAAGUCGGCUCGCACAUCCUCUCCGGCGCCGUCAUUGAGCCGCGCGCGCUCAAUGAGCUCCUUCCAGGCUGGAAGGACCGGCCGGACCGCACGCUCACCCAGCCCACAUCGUCCACCCAGAUGCGCCUCUCCACCGCGAACCGCUCCUUCUGCAUCCCCCACCCCCUACAAAUGGCCAAGACGGGCACCUACGUGGUCUCCCCCUUCGCAUCACGGCGCCAUCGCAGAACAAAUGGGCGUCGAGGUCUUCCCGGGCUACUCACGCGCCGGUCUCGUGCACAGCCCAGACGGCACGUCUAUCUUCAGGGUGCGCACGAACGAAGUCGGACUAGGAUACACGACGCGUUCGAAUCGGGUAUGCAGUUCCAAUCGCGCGUCACUCUCUUUGCUGAGGGCGCGCACGGCUCCUUGUCGAAGGAGGCCAUUCGUCGUUUCAAGCGGCGUGAGGGCCGGGACACCCAGACGUACGGACCGGGUAUCAAGGAAGUAUGGCGUGUCGACCCGAGCAAUCACGAGCCCCGACCGGUCGUCCACUCCAUGGGCUGGCCACUCGACCUGCACGCAUACGGCGGCGAGCAGGCAUAUCACAUGGCGGACGGCCUUCAAGUCACGCUCGGCCUCGUCGUAGCCUUCGACCAUCCAAAUCCACACCUCAGCCCGUACCGCGAACUCCAGCGCACGAAACACCACCCGUACUUCCGCGACCUCCUCCCGGGCUCGUCGACACGAAUAGCAUACGGCGCGCGCGUCCUCAACGAAGGACAUCUCCGAUCCGUCCCCAGGCUCAACUCUCACGGGGACGCGCUCUUCGGAUGCUCCGCCGGCUUCAGCUGGGUGCACGGCGACCUGCACGAGGUCCGCAACGUCCGGCCCUCGUCUAACAUCCCGCUCGGCAUCCUCGGUGGCGUCGUCUACUCCGACAUCGACACCCUGCUCCUGCGCGGCCGCACGCUGUCGACGUCCCGGGACAAGCUGCGGCUCUCCGACGCCGCGCACACGAAACGCGCGUCGGAAUGCAAGCCAACUGAAUACCCGUCCUUCCAACCCCCUCUUUCCACAGACUUCCUCACGAGUGUCGCGCUCACCGGCACGAACCACGCUGAGAGUCAGCCCGUGCACCUUCGCGCGCACACGUCCCCGCGGGCGGCGCGCGGCGUGUCGAGGACGUGCAGCAGUUCGUGA